AUGAUAUUAAAUAAGAUUUUAGAGAUCGGGGUCUCCAGAGAGGACGUGUGUCCCUUCUGGCACAGGCGCAAGCUACGAGCGCUGUUCCAGCAUUGGGAGGGUUGCUAUGGGAAACACAUGCUGCAAGGAGCAUCUGCUCCCUGCCAGUCCGCCUCUGUCCUGGCGUGUUCACCUGCGCUCUCUGGGGGCUUAGACAGGCCGUCCCUGCUGACACUGGGGGACAGUUACCGUACCUUUCCUAUGCACCGUGCUUUUCUCCACCGGGAGUUCAAUUCUGAUUACUUGCGCUACAGCAGAACCUGGCCCCAGAUACGAAGCGUAUCCAUCCUGCGCCAGGCGCUGCCCAGCCAGAGCAGAAACAGCGAGCACGACGACAUGAAGAGGCGUAAUUUGCUAGUUGGCACGGAGUUUUUCAUCAGUAUGUCUGAAACCAUUAAAUAUAAUGACGACGAUCACAAAACUGUGUUCCUGAAAACAUUAAAUGAACAACGUUUGGAAGGAGAAUUUUGUGACAUAGCUAUCGUGGUUGAAGAUGUUAAAUUCAGAGCACAUAGGUGCGUGCUUGCUGCCUGCAGUACCUACUUCAAAAAGCUUUUCAAAAAACUGGAAGUAGAUAGUUCAUCAGUAAUAGAAAUAGAUUUUCUUCGUUCUGAUAUUUUUGAGGAAGUUCUCAAUUACAUGUACACUGCAAAGAUUUCUGUUAAGAAAGAGGACGUAAAUUUGAUGAUGUCGUCAGGCCAGAUUCUUGGUAUUCGGUUUCUGGAUAAACUCUGCUCUCAAAAACGUGAUGUGUCUAGUCCUGAGGAAAACACACAGUCCAAGAGCAAGUACUGUCUAAAAAUAAACCGUCCCAUGGGGGAACCUAAUGAUACCCAAGAUGAUGAGGUGGAAGAAAUUGGAGAUCAUGAUGACAGUCCAUCAGAUGUGACGGUGGAAGGAACUCCCCCGAGUCAGGAAGAUGGAAAAUCACCUACCACUACCCUCAGAGUGCAGGAGGCCAUUCUGAAAGAGCUGGGAAGCGAAGAGGUUCGCAAAGUAAACUGCUAUGGCCAGGAAGUAGAGCCUAUGGAAACCACCGAAUCAAAAGAUUUAGGAUCUCAGACCCCUCAGGCUUUGACAUUUAACGAUGGCAUAAGUGAAGUAAAAGACGAACAGACACCAGGCUGGACCACAGCUGCUGGGGAUAUGAAGUUUGAGUAUUUGCUUUACGGUCACAGGGAACACAUUGUAUGUCAGGCUUGUGGUAAGACCUUUUCUGAUGAAGCGCGAUUGAGAAAACAUGAAAAGCUACACACCGCUGACAGACCGUUUGUUUGUGAAAUGUGUACAAAGGGCUUUACCACGCAAGCUCAUUUGAAAGAGCACCUGAAAAUACACACAGGUUACAAGCCUUACAGUUGCGAGGUAUGUGGAAAGUCUUUUAUUCGUGCGCCGGAUCUAAAAAAGCAUGAAAGAGUUCACAGUAAUGAGAGGCCAUUUGCAUGCCAUAUGUGUGAUAAAGCUUUCAAGCACAAGUCCCACCUCAAAGACCAUGAAAGAAGACACCGAGGAGAGAAACCUUUCGUCUGCAGUUCCUGCACUAAAGCAUUUGCUAAAGCAUCUGAUCUAAAAAGACACGAGAACAAUAUGCACAGCGAAAGAAAACAAGUUACUGCAGCCAAUUCCAUCCAGAGUGAAACAGAACAGUUACAGGCAGCAGCUAUGGCUGCUGAAGCAGAGCAGCAAUUAGAAACUAUAGCUUGUAGUUAAAAACUAAA